AUGACCAGUCUACGCCAAAUUAUACCCGAAGCUAAACCGUGGAGUUGGACAUCUGUAGAAGAAGCGGAAUUCAAGCACGUCAAGAACUUGGUAUCGGACAUCACAACGCUACGUUAUUACGACGUGAACCAACCAAUCACCAUAGAAUGUGAUGCUAGCAGUAUUGGCCUCGGCGUGGCGGUAUUCCAGGAAAAUGCUGUUAUAGGAUAUGCUUCAAGAACUUUGACAUCAACGGAGAAGAAUUACGCCCAAAUCGAGAAGGAGUUAUUGGCCAUAGUCUUCGCAUGUAUACGGUUCGAUCAGUUGAUUGUUGAAACCACUACUGUGCGCUCCACGUCGAUUGCAACAUAUGCUCCUGAAUCUCAACGAUACAAUCUUUCCCUGGAAUUUGUUACCGGAAAGAAUAAUGUAAUUGCUGAUGCGUUGUCCCGCGCUCCAUUACCAAACGUGGAUUCACAAGUUGAAUACAGCAAGAAGAAUAUUUUUAAAAUUUUCGAAGCCAUUCAAGAGAUGAAACUGAGCAACUAUCUUUCUGUUACCAGUACCCGACUGGAUGAAAUAAUUCAAGAAACAGAAGCAGAUCCAACAAUGCAGCUGAUCGUUGAAUACAUCCAAAAUGGGUGGCCGAUGAAAGUCGAGAGCGUUCCAGACAGUGUUAAAAUGUAUUACGGUUAUCGGAGCGAAUUGUCAACGCAGGAUGGCUUGAUCUUCCGUAAUGAUCGUAUUCUUAUUCCACAUUCGUUGCGGAAGAAGUUAGUGGAGAAAUUUCACGCUAGUCACAAUGGCAUGGAAUCGACGUUGAGAUUGGCAAGGGCCAACCUGUUCUGGCCUGGUAUGGCCUGUCAAAUUAAGGAAACGGUGAAAACCUGUGGUAUCUGUGCAAAGUUUGCUGCGUCACAACCGAAUCCUUCAAUGAAGAGUCACGAGAUUCCCAUUCACCCGUUUCAGCUCGUGUCUAUGGACGUUUUUUUCGCACAGGUGAAUGGCGUGAAAGGCAAGUUUCUGAUAACUGUGGACCACUUUUCAGACUUUUUUGAGGUGAACCGCCUGAACGAUUUGAGCCCCGAUUCCGUUAUUAUCGCUUGCAAACAAAAUUUCAGCCGCUAUGGAAUACCGCAAAGAGUCGUGACCGACAAUGGAACGAAUUUUUCAAGUCAAAAAAUGAAGAAGUUUGCGGCUGAUUGGGAUUUUGAAUUGACUUCAUCGUCUCCACACCAUCAACAGGCCAACGGAAAAGCGGAGGCGGCUGUAAAAAUCGCUAAACAUCUUAUGAAGAAAGCCGAGGAGAGUGGUAAUGACUUCUGGUAUGCUCUUCUUCAUUGGCGGAACAUCCCAAACAAGAUUGGCUCCAGCCCAGUGGCACGACUGUUUUCGCGUUCCACUCGUUGUGGCGUUCCUACCGCCGCCGCUAAUCUUCUUCCAAAAGUGGUCGAAAAUGUACCGGCUAAAAUUGAAGAGAACCGUAAGCGCGCUAAACUACACUAUGACAAAAAGACAAGAAACUUACCUGAAUUAGAAAUUGGAUCUCCAGUCUACGUUCAACUGCAUCCUGAAUCGUCAAAGGAGUGGAGUCCAGGAGCUGUAUCCCACCGGUUAAAUGACAGGUCAUACACAGUGAACGUAAACGGAACUAAUUAUCGUCGUUCGUUGGUCCAUUUGAAGCCUCGUAAGGAGCCCAAUACGCAACCUAGCCGUGAAAUGCGGCAUCCUGAACCGAUUUCGAGCGACAAUCCGUGUAGCUCACAACAAGACGAAGCAACCACCUCAUCAUCACCACCGCUGCUACCUACGGUUAUGCAACAAUCAUCAAGUGACUCAACACCGACGAUGACUACGAUGACAAGAACGGACAUCGGCUCCUAG